CAGAUAAGAGACAUAAUCAGAACAGCAAAAACAAUAAGCAAGAGACGAAAUGGCAUCAGAAGCUGAAGAUAACACACCUGAUGUGAGGAUUGUGCUUCUUGGAGCUUCUGGAGCUGGAAAGAGUUCAAUGGGAAACGCAAUACUGGGUCGAGAGGCGUUUAAAGAGAGCACAACGAGAGAGAGCGAGAUACAGAGAGGAAGAGUAGAAGACAGAAACAUCUCCAUCAUCGACACUCCAGGAUUCUUCAACACUCACCUGACUGCUGAAGAGCUGCAGAAUCAGAUGAUGAAGAGCCUGGAUCUCUGUUCUCCUGGACCUCAUGUGUUUCUGCUCAUCAUCAACCUGGAGAACUUCAUGGACGACCACUGGAACAUUGUGCAGGAAAUCCUGAAGAACUUCGACCCUCAAGCCUUGAAAUUCACAAUGGUGCUGUUCACCAGAAGAGAGAAGCUGUCAAUCAGAGAAUGGACGCACUUUAAACAAAAUGCUAAAUUUCAGAAGCUAAUCGAUGACUUCAGAAGUAAAUACCAUGUGAUCGACAGUACAAAUGACAUUAAGCAAACUGAAAUAACAGAACUUCUAGAGAAGAUUGAUGAAACCAUCAGAUAUAAUAAAGAACAGCAUUUCAGUAACAACGCCAACUUAAAGUCUUUAAUCAAGAGCCAAAAUGGAGAGAACAAACUAGAGAAGAUGAACAGAACAAAAGUCCAAGAGAAGAACCAAGAUAAAUGGAAAUUAGUGCAGAACAAUUUACACAAGCCAAAUUCAAGGAGAAUUCAAGCGAAUGAAGGCAAGUGUUCUGCAGUCACACGAGAAGACGGGAAUAAUAAAAAGCAAGGCUUAUUUAGAAACAUGUUCAUAAAAUGGAAUGAGAAAAAUUGUAAACAACUUCAGGAAUCAAGCGAAACUGGAAAAUGUGAUGAGAAACAGCAGAUAGUGGCAGAGCAACAUCUAACCCGAACAGACUCUGCAAAACACAGACAAAUAAACUCUAGGGAAUGGACGGAUUUCAGGAUUGUUAUGGUGGGAAAAACCGGAGUUGGAAAGAGCGCGACAGGAAACACCAUCCUGAGACGAAAGCUGUUCGUGGAAAAAGCUUCAGAAGAUUCUGUGACCAAACAUUGCCAACAAAAGCAGCACACAGUCAAUGGCAGAUCCAUCUCCGUCAUCGACACUCCAGGGCUGUGUGACACGUCAAUCAGCGAAGAAGAGCUCAAGAAAGAAAUCAAGAAAUGCGUUGAGAUGUCUGUUCCUGGUCCUCACGUGUUUCUCCUGGUGCUCAGACUGGACGUCAGACUCACAGAUGAAGAGAAAAACGCAGUCAAAUGGAUCCAGGAGAACUUCGAAGAAACAGCAAAUCAAUACACCAUCAUGCUCUUCACUAGAGGAGAUCAGAUUAAAACAUCCAUAGAGGAGUUUCUGGAAAAUAACAAGCAGAUGAGAGCACUAGCUGAACAGUGUAGAGGUGGAUAUCAUGUCUUUAACAACACCGAUGAACAAAACAGAUCUCAGGUCAGUGAGCUGCUGGAGAAGAUCGAAAAAAUGGUGGAGAAGAACGGAGGACAGUUUUACACCAAUGAGAUGUACGAGAAAGCUCAGAAGAAAAUCAAAGACGAAGAAAAGAGACGACGAGCGGAGGAAAAACGGCUGAAGGCAGAAAAGGAGGACAAGAUAAAGGCUGAAGAGAGAAGUAAACUGAUGAAGGGGGUCGCAAUGGGAGCAGCAGUGGCCGGCGGUGCAGCAUUACUCUCUACAGGAGAACAGAUCCCUGAUGCUUUACUUUCAGCAGUUAGAGACGUAGUCCUGUCCUCCUGUGGCACAGCUUUAUUGACAGGAGCAGCUGCUCUUGGAGGCGCAGCACUAUCAGCGAUCACCGAAGGCAAAUCUACUAAUUUAUUAGCAGAGGCAACUUAUACAGAUAUUCAGAUCUCGCCAAAUGCUCCCCAAGAUCCAGGGAGAAACGAUGCAAAUGAUGCGUGAAAUAUUACAAUAGAUGCCACAAUAAAGCAUAACCUUUGUGUAUUGUUCAAAUUGACUGCCCUUUGGUUUUGUUCCUGGCUGUUUUGGGUUCCUUUAUAAUCACAUUUUUUGAUUGCAAAGCCAUGCCAGCAUAUAAUCCUGCAUUCUUGAAUGUUGCUGGUUUUCCCUGUUGGGAAGAGGGACAAUGUGUCAUUUUUAUCGUUGAUCAUCAGUUGCCAUCAUUACACUUUAGAUAGGCCUGUGCAUAACAGUUUCUGUCUUUUAUAUGGAGUUCAGUGGAGUAAAUCCGCAGAUUACAGUGUGUGUGCAGCAAAGGCGUUGGUUUGCACUUGACAUUGGUGGGCAUGGUUGAAUACUAU